AUUCUUAUAUUCACCUAUUUUAGUUACGCUGACGAAAUCAAAGGUAAAUGCGUUUUCGUAUUUAGCGCCAGAAGUUUGUUGGAAACGCUCUACUAUAUCGCAAUAUGUGCGUUGUUGAAAGCAAUGUGACAUCUGAAAAGUAUUGAAAUCUUCAGCCAAUGCUGCUUGAGUUCUUGAUUUGGUGAAGAAGUGUUGUGGUGUUGCAUGACAAUGCAGGUUAGCAGCAGAUUCUCUCACAAUAACAACAACAAUAACCAUCACCAUCACAAUGGUCACCACUCGAGACAGCCCACGCCUCCACCUCACCCUGACGACCAAGAGCGGAACUUGUGCAGUUGGGUGUACUGCACGCUGGUGUUGAUGGUCGCUUGCCUCGUGUACUGGAACGCGCUGGGUUGUGGCUUCGUAUUCGAUGACAUCUCAGCCAUCAAAGAGAACAGGGACCUACGCCCCCACACGCCCAUCUCCAACCUCUUUCUGCACGACUUCUGGGGCACUCCUAUGCAGAAGGAGCAAAGCCACAAGUCUUAUCGGCCGCUGUGUGUGCUGACGUUUCGCCUGAACUACCUCGCGCACGCCCUACAGCCCAUGGGCUACCAUCUCGUCAACAUGCUCCUCCACGCUGUCGUCUGUGGACUCUAUUACAGGAUGUGCAGCCUGUUCCUGCCAGAACUGUCGAGCUUCAUCGCUGCACUGCUGUUCGCCGUGCAUCCUGUGCACACUGAAGCCGUGACGGGCGUGGUUGGUCGAGCAGAGACUCUGUCCUCAAUAUUCUUCAUCGGCUCGCUGCUCGCGUACUCAGCGGCGACGAGGAAGCUUCUGACGCGUCCGCACGGCGGCUCCCUGCACUCCGGCUCUUCUUCCUGCGCCUCGUGUGCUGGCGGAGGCGGCUCAUGCUCAGCGUCUUCCUCCAACGGCUCGUCACCCCAACAAGGGAUGAACGUCUACAUGGGGAAUAACUCCUCUAGUUACGUCACGUCCAGCGUACCCUCGAGCAACUCAGUGCGUCAGUACAAUCACCGUAACGGGGUUACCAGCUACAACGUGUUGAGCAGCAGCGGCCUGGGUAGCUGCUUGAACUCGUACGUGCAGCACUCGGGUGGCCCCCGCGCGCGCUACGGCGUCGCUCGCAGCCCCAGUGGCAGUCGCAGCGGUGGGCGCACUCGCUGGCGCUGGCUGGGACUCAGCGUGGUGCUCGCGAGCUGCGCGAUGCUCUGCAAGGAGCAGGGUAUCACCGUCAUGGCCGUGUGUGCGCUCUACGAACUUGUCAUCGUGCAAAAGGUCCGGGGUUGGGAUCUCAUCCAGUUCGGGGAGGGGCUACUGUCAGGCAAGGGCUCCGUGCCCCCCUGGCUGGCAGACUGCGCCCCUCGUAUGUUCGCCCUCGUCGCCACCACCCUGGGCCUCAUGCUGGCCAGGGUCCAUAUCAUGGGGGCACAGCUUCCCGUCUUCACCAGGUUCGACAACCCGGCCAGCGUUGCCGAGACGCCCAUACGACAACUCACAUACAACUACUUAGUCUCCGUGAACGCCUGGCUGCUGCUCAUGCCUGCUACCCUCUGCUGUGACUGGACUAUGGGCACCGUGCCUCUUGUCACGUCAUUCCUCGAUCCCAGGAACCUGGCCACCCUCGCAACAUACGCUGUCCUAGCCAAGCUGGCGCACCACGCCCUGUUCUGCGCGCCGCGUCAUCAUGCACAGGCUCUUCUAAUGGGCUUGGGUUUCCUGGUGCUGCCGUUCCUGCCGGCAUCGAACCUCUUCUUCCCCGUGGGGUUCGUGGUGGCAGAGCGUGUGCUGUACAUGCCAUCCAUGGGCUUCUGCCUCAUCAUCGCGCAUGGCUUCAGCAACCUUCUGCACCGAGUGUCACACAAGCGCAGUGCGUGGCUGGGUCUGCUGUUCCUGUUGUCAGUGCACGCCGUGAAGACUCAUCUUCGCAACGCUGACUGGAAAGACGAGUACACCGUCUUCACAGCUGGACUCAAGGUGAACCAGCGCAAUGCGAAGCUCUUCAACAACGUUGGUCACGCCCUUGAGUCCGAGGGGCGCUUUGGCGAGGCCCUUGCGUACUUUCAGGCUGCGGUGACGGUGCAAGAGGACGACAUCGGCGCCCACAUCAACGUCGGCCGAACAUUCAACAACCUCAAGCGGUACAUCGACGCUGAGGACGCCUAUCUCAAGGCGAAAUCACUGCUGCCUAAAGCGAAGCCUGGCGAGAGCUACCAGGCACGCAUAGCCCCCAACCACCUGAACGUCUUUCUGAACCUCGCCAACCUCAUCGCCCGCAACAGCACGAGGCUCGAGGAGGCCGACUCCCUCUACAGGCAGGCUAUCAGCAUGCGCGCCGACUACACCCAGGCCUACAUCAAUCGCGGCGACAUACUCAUCAAGAUGAAUAGAACCAAAGAAGCGCAAGAAGUAUACGAAAGAGCUUUAUUCUACGACAGCACAAACCCGGAUAUCUACUAUAACCUGGGCGUGGUGCUGCUCGAGAGGGGGCGCGCGCAGCAGGCGCUAGCUUACCUGGACAAGGCGCUCGAGAUGGACCCAGAUCAUCAGCAGGCGCUUCUCAACUCUGCCGUGCUGAUUCAGGAGUCCGGUAACGCAGCGCUGCGUCCUGUUGCAGUGUCCAGGCUCUUAAGACUGGUUCAGAAAGACCCUCAAAAUGAGAGAGUUUACUUCAACUUGGGAAUGAUUGCAAUGGAUGAUAACGAUCAUAAAAGUGCAGAAAAUUGGUUCAGGAAGGCGGUGGAGUUGAAAGAAGAUUUUCGAUCAGCGCUCUUUAACCUGGCGCUCUUGUUGACUGACGACGGACGGCCUUUGGAAGCGGCGCCCUUCUUGAACCAGCUUGUCAAGCAUCAUCCCGACCACGUCAAGGGCCUUAUCCUCCUUGGCGAUAUUUACAUCAACAACAUCAAGGAUCUAGAUGCCGCAGAGAAGUGCUACGAGCGGAUCUUGGCAGUUGACCCUGGCAACGUGCAGGGCCUGCACAACUUGUGCGUCGUCUACGUCGAACGCGGCGAGCUGCUAGCGGCGGAGUCUUGCUUGGCCCGCGCUCACGUUAUCGCUCCCACAGAAGAUUAUAUUUUACGGCACCUGAAUAUUGUACGCAGCAGGCUUGCUAAAUAUAACGGCGAGCAGCAGCUCACAGAAUCGUCAGUCCCACCCGAGGCUGAAGAUAAGGAUAACUUACCCGAGUUCCACGAGCCUCGUCAAGCGUCGUUGCUUUCUGCAAGGCAGAAAAAGAGUGUUGGUGACAACAGCAAUAAUUCAUUUAAAAAUAACGAACGGAGAACUAAAGAUGCUGCGAGUGCAAAUUAUGCUGAUCAAAGCAGCAGUAAAAAUGUUAAUCAUAAUAAAUUAAAAAGUGAUCAGAGUGAGAACUCGAAGCAGUUGGGACAAAGAGAAUCUAGAGCAUUAUCGUCGGAAGAAGAGAAGAAGAAACAAGCAUAGUGAGAAGAUAGUCACCUUAAUCACUUUUAGACCUGCACUCUGCACAUUGAGCAGAGUGAAGAUUGUUACUUCAACGCUUCGACAAGUCUUAGAAAAAUAACACAAGGCGAUUAUUAAUUAAAUGUUCUUUUUUACGUACGUUAGGUACAUCUUAUGAAGUAAUUAAUAACAUUUUUACUUGAUAAAUUUCAAUAAAAUGUGGAUAUCUUUUUCGAUUAUAUCGCAGUUCAUCUGAAGUUUUUUCAAGAACAAUAACUUGCCUUAUGUUGAUGAACUUCCUAACUUUUUCUUCUAGAUUUUUGUCGUCGUUGAUGGAUAUAAAAGUAUAGGAUGCUUCAAUAUUAGGCAAAUUUUUCAUUAGAUAGAUGGUAAAUAGCACACAAUCGACCCGGCAUGAGAAGCUACAGUAAGUGAGGUGCUGUCGUAUAAAUUUGUUGGUGCUUUCUGCUUAUAAUUUAGAAACAUUAAAAGUUGUUUUAUUAUAAGUUCGCGUGCUUUUUAUUUAAGGACACAUUUAUCAGUCGAUAUAGUUUAUGUGAUGUCAUUUACUACAUUAUCUUAACUUUGAAGUAAUUGUGACGCGAAGACGGUGUUCGUUACGAUUUCGCUUUAUUGCACAUAAUAUAAAUAAGGUUCAUUUAUGUUUUCAUUUGUUUAUUAAUGAACUAAAGAUUGAAAGAAGAGAUACUUUGUUUCUUCACAACGGAAAGAAAUGCCUUCCUGGUAUGAAAAAUUCCAAUUUAAUUUGGAAAUAAAUUUUAAUGUUUCUGAAAGUUCUUCACUGUUCCAGUUUUAAUAGACUCUUGAAAAAUUAGAAUAGGGAAAGUUUGAAUGCUAUCAUCAUUCCUGGCAUUUAUUUGCAAAGCUUUUUAUACCCAAAAUGAAAUUACAAGUCCAAAUUUGCUCAGUAUGAUAAAAAUUAUCAGUUAUUAUAUAUUAGUUACAAAUACCUGUAAUAAAUACCUGCAAUGUCCACAAAGAUAAAGAGUCUUCAACUCCUUAAUAACUAUUCCUGAUUAGGUCCCCAGAUCACUCAUAUAUUUAUUUUAUAAAUAACUACAUAUCUCAUCCAUUUAUCGAUACUUCAUUUACAUUCACAAGAAAAGCGUUAACAUGAAGAUAUAUUGCUUUUAUUGGAUGCUGUUUCUGAAAUCGGCUAUAUAUAUCCAUCGUCUCUUUUCUGCUAGUCCUUUCGUUUUAAGCUAAAAAUUAAGUUAUAUUAUAUCACCGUUUCCUUAUCCAGGAUCUUAAUCGAAUACAAGUAACUCAGAAGUUCUACGAUUCGAAAACUACUAGUUCGUUCCGCAUAUCUUCUAGAGUUUUUCGUCGCUGAGAAAUGUUAGGCUUUCGUGCACGUAAUGAUUUGAACCAGAUCUAACAUUUUCUUCCAAAACAUUAGAAAUUGAUAAUGUGACUAAGAUACCUGUGCCUAAAUUAUUAUGAAAAAUAAUGUCACAGGAUUUGCAACACUUGGAUUCAUGUUCGCAGCUCUGUGCUCAAGAAAAUAUUGCUCGAUGCUUGAAACUUUGACAAUACAAACUAUUGGCGCCAAACGGUCACGAGCAGGCCAUGUUCGACAUGGUGUUGUUUGUCUAUUGAUUUCAUCUUCAAUUCUAUCGAAAGCCUUUGUAAAAUUUUCAUCCGAACUUCUGAUCAAAGACCCUAAAUGACGAUAGUUUGCCUUGAGUUAUUUCGCCUAGGUUCUAAAGAACAAGGAAUUAGUUAUGCUGAGUGAUUUAUGGUGCUUCCUCUUAUUAGAGUAACACGUGUGUAUCCAUUAUCACGGAUACCAUACAUUGCUUGCACACGCACUGCCAACUGGCUUUCUUGAAACUUCCACUCUCCAGCUAUGGAAAUCUUACAGUCAAGAACACUAAUUACAACAUUAAUUUUGCGUACUAAUCUAUGCUUUGUAAUUUUUGUUUCUCAUACCGGAAAUUAACAAGUCAAGAGAACAUAAAUAAUUCUUAAGAUAUCGGAGACGUCACGUAGCCUACUAAUACAAACUUGCCCUGGAAAUAAAAUGCGCAGCAGAUAGGAAAACCCUGGUCCUAACACUUAAUAUCCUCUCAUUAAGAUUAUAUUAAUAUUGUAAUCAUUCAUUGCAGUGGCAGUGCGUCUUGUGUCAUCAUGUAUAAAUUAUUAAACUUGUUACGUUACGUCCGAUUGUUUAUACGUCAGUCAGUUAUGCGUUGUUCAUUAUGCCAUGAUGUGUUUGUUUUCAGUGGUGCUUAUUAUAUAUAGAGCGUGACACUAUUAUUAUUCCCUAUGUCGCGUGUUUCAGAUAUACAUAUGUAUGCGAGAAUAUAUACAUCACUGAAGAGAUUGUGAAUGCUGACUAUAUCACAUUUAUUAUCAAUCUAAUGUUUUUCUAUUCGAUGAGAUCCAUUGCCGAUUUCUACACUCGAAGGCAAACACUAAACUCUAUAUUGGAGUCUCUUUGUAUAGCUCAGACAAAACCAUUAAUAAAAUCUGGAAACACGUAGCUAACUAACAAUAAGUGCAAGUCGCAGCAUGCCCCUGAUUGUCAUGGAAAUGAUCGUAAUAGAAAAGUUGAGACCCCGCGCUGCGGGCACGUUAUGACUUUGUUAUUACAUCUUAUAAAAGCACCAAUACCUUGCUUGUGAUAGUUAAAAACUUAAUUUAAUUCCAUAUUAGGCUUAAACGUUAUCUAUUCCAUGAACGAUGCUAUAAUAUCCCAUUCUUAUGGUUUAAUACGUUCCUCGAAUUAAUUUUUCGUAUUUUUGUAUAAACGAACUUUGUGUAACUCUUCGUCUAUCCUAAGAUGUGAAUAUAUUAUGGUGCCUUGGUCAUUUACUAUCGUAUAGCUAUUCUAUUGAUAUAUUGUACUGUUUAGAACUUCUGUCAUUUCUUAGAAUACUCGAGCUAUUUUUUGACAUUGCUCAUCAUCUUAUCGCUCGGGUGAGAUAGUUUUCCAUGAUGAUUAAUUCAUAAAUGGAUCAUUAUUGAAAUAUUCUUAUCGAUCAAUUCAAGUAUUUCGCGAUUAAAUCAGCAAUUAACAUUUUCUAUAUUUUUCGACGUGUUGGAUUCAUUUCCUUAGUCUAGUUUGGCCUUUUGUUUACUCCAACACUGCGAUAAAUGGGUUCCGGAAUUGGCUACUUCCAAUUAACUAUGAUCUUCAUCAUUUCAGCGUGGUAAUUGUUACCUUCUUUCUAAAUGUAGCUUGAUUACGGCGAGGUUGUUCGGAAAAAGUUCCAGCUCAUACGAGAAGAUUUGGUCAAGUUUCAUUUUCUUCUCGUUUACUAGGAACGUGUCCUAUUGACGGCUCACACGCCGACGUCUCAAACUGUGUGAAUUUCACCUGUGUCAUAAAUUUCUGAUAUAUCUCCAUUUUGAAGGUAAAACUGGCACAACAUUAUGAUUUAAGAGUGAAAAGCGCUGAUUUUGUGCGCAACGCUAUUAUUAUAGCCGUCUGUUGAAACCUGUGAUACGCGCUAACUUCAAAUACACUUCACUUGACUGCUAA